AUGGCAAUUCAUUACCUGAUCCUGUUGUCGCGGCAGGGCAAAGUGCGUCUUGCCAAAUGGUUUACGACACUCUCGCCCAGGGAGAAGGCCAAGAUUAUCAAAGAUGUGACUCAGCUCGUCCUGUCCCGUCGGACUCGGAUGUGCAAUUUCCUGGAGUACAAAGACACCAAGGUCGUCUACCGCCGUUAUGCCUCCCUCUUCUUCAUCGCCGGUUGCGCUUCCACCGAUAACGAGCUGAUUACCCUCGAAAUCGUGCAUCGAUAUGUCGAGCAGAUGGACAAGUAUUACGGCAACGUUUGCGAGCUCGACAUCAUCUUCAACUUUCAAAAGGCGUACUUCAUCCUCGAUGAGCUUCUGCUUGCGGGCGAGAUGCAGGAGAGCAGCAAGAAGAACGUGCUCAGAUGUAUAAGUCAGCAGGAUAGUCUGGAAGAUAUGGAGCGGUCAGUCCACCACGACAACUAUCUCGACCUCAUCCGCGCAGAUAUCCUCUAUCGCGUCGAAUCAACCUCUUUCUGUUGUCUUCUGCCGAACCAGAAGUGGCGCAUUGAUAUCUGGCUCUUGCUUCAAUACUCCCAGCAGCCCGUCGCUACUUAUCUCCUCACAGACAGCACUUCACGGCAUAAUUUGACAAAGAUGAAGUAUCUUCCUAUCCCCGAGCUCGAAGACGUCGCGAAUUCACUUAACUUCGAUACCGACGAUUGUCACAUUGUGGGUGGAUGCGACCUGUAUACGACAAAGGCUGCUCGCGCCGACCGGAAACUGUACAAGAACAUUGAACAAUCACUGGAAGCCCAAUAUGAAUCAGUCCUUCGCCUAUCUGCUUCGCUUUCACCUCCCAAUGCAUCCGAUGCGGCUGCUUCACUCAAUUUGUCGCGUUCGAGUCCUUUUGGUCCCCUGAGCGACCACUCCAGUCGCCGAACUUUUGCCUACCUGAUCGCAACACUCAAUGCCAGCCAUCCCGACUAUGACUUUUCCCACGUUUUGCGCCCUUCAGAUUUUCGUCGCGAGAGAAGCCUGAAGAGGGUCAUGAACUCGGUGGACUCAACUCUGUUUAACCUGCGACCUCGCGAGUCGAUUGACAUGUCUCCCCCGUCUCCAGCGACGAUAUCUGGAUCAUACAACAGCGGAGCAUCUCAUAUUUGGGGCCCGAGAAUGUGGAGAACAAUUGAUGAACAUAUGUCACUGAAGGAGUGCUCAUACUAUUCGUACUCGCCCGACGAAGACCCAUCGGACGCAGAUGACGGUGCGAUCUGGAGUUUGCACUACUUCUUCUUCAACCGCCUUCGGAAACGUGUCUGCUACCUCUACAUUCGAGCGAUCCCCAUUCUCAGUCACACACCCGAAGAGGGCGAUGGACUUCCCACCACACCCACCGGCAAGCGAACGUUUGAAGAUGUUGAUGUAUCCCGGUACAUGUCGCCUGAUCUGGUGGGUUCAAGCAAGCGAGCUCGUUACUGGCUUGGGAAUCGCGCGAAACUCGAGAUCGAGAGCGAGGAGGAGGGCUCAUCCCCGCCAACACGCCCAGUCGUUGAUGAAUACGACAACUACGUGCUCAGCGACGAGGAGUUCCGAUCGAGAUCAGGUAGUAAGGGAACAGUUCGCGCCAUGAGCGAGGAGAUUGCCGACCAAAUGGAAGUCUAA